AUGUCGGACCCGGACAUGAAUCUAUGUCUUCGCUCUGACCCAGCAUACGAAGUCCCAAUCAUGAGCGACGUCGAGGAUGAAGGAGUACCUACAAUUUCCCUGAAAGUUAAAACGACAACCACCGCAUAUGAUGUGCAAGUAAAGGAGAAUGCCACAGUUUCUGAUAUCAAAGAUGUUCUAGUCACCAAAUUGAAUAACGUUGAGAAGUCUCUCCUUUGCCUUAUCUUCUCAGGGAAGAUUCUAAAGGAUCACGAGAAACUACAAGCGCACAACAUUGGAGAUGGCAUGGCAUUGCAUUUGGUGGUGCGGCAAGGCCAGCUGAAUCGCCCCAAUCAAAGUAGCACAACAGCCGCAAAUCAGAACACUAACAACUCGUCUACAAAUUCUUCCCAGGGGUCCACUGGGAUGCCUAAUUCUAACCCUUUGUUCGGCGCUAAUCUCGGAGCUGGAGGUCCUCAGGCUAUGGCUCAGCAGAUGCUGAAUAACCCGGAGAUGAUGCGUCAAAUGAUGGAUAAUCCAAUUAUGCAGAACAUCAUGAGCAAUCCAGAAAUCUUCCGCUCUCUCUUUGCUAACAACCCACAAAUUCAACAGCUCAUUGAGCGCAAUCCCGAGCUAGGGCAUGUUCUAAACGAUCCGGAUAUGAUGCGGCAAACAAUGGAAAUGAUCCGCAAUCCCAAUAUGUUCCAAGAAAUGAUGCGAAAUCAUGACCUCGCCAUUCGAAACCUUCAGGGGAUUCCUGGCGGUGAAGCGGCUUUGCAACGUUUGUAUCAAGAUGUACAAGAACCACUCCUCAAUAGUGCCACCAGUUCGCUUGCUGGUAACCCGUUUGCUUCUUUGCGUCAAGGAGACGAUUCUGUUGCUUCUCGGAGCCAACGUGCUGGCCAAGAAAACAGUGAGGCAUUACCAAAUCCGUGGGGUGGUGGAGCAACAAAUCAGCAGCAAAAUUCGCAACCAUCAUCUACUGGAAGUCCUGCGUCUGGUGGAUUUGGAUCUGUACUUGGUUCAUCUGGUAUGAAUUCUUUGAUGGAGCAGAUGUUAGCAGAUCCGGCAAUGAUGCAGUCGUUGAUGCGGCCUGAAAUGAUGGAGUUAUUCAGGCAAAGUAUUUCGCAGAAUCCUCAAGUGAUGCAACAGAUAAUGGAGCAGAAUCCUUUGGUCGCGAAUAAUCCUCAACUUGCUGAGCAACUUCGGGCGCAACUGCCAAAUAUGAUGAACAUGAUGGGUAAUCCUGAAAUUAUGGCGGCGAUGACAAAUCCCAGGGUCUUGGAGGCGUUACGCAUGAUACAACAGGGAAUGGAUACAAUUCGGCGCGAGGCACCUGCUUUAGCCGGAAUGUUUGGAAGCAGUUUUUCCGCUGCAGCUAGUGCUGCUGGUGCAGCAGCUGGUGGAACCGGAGGUACAGGUGCUGCACGAAACACCGAAUCGUCAAACAACCAAGAUCCUGUGAACAUGCUUAACAACAUGUUCGCUGGGAUGAAUACAACGACUGAUCCUGAAGUGUUGUACGCUUCACAAUUGGAGCAACUUGCUGGUAUGGGAUUUUCGAACAGGGCACAGAACAUUGCAGCUUUGCGUGCUUCAUUCGGUGAUUUGAAUGCUGCUGUGGAACGUCUACUGAAUUCUCCUUAA